CCCCAAAUGGCAGAGCAAGAGAACUGUGUGCGCAUCACUCGCGCAGCCAAAAAGAGAGCCUUGUCUGCAGCUUCAGGCUCACCUAACAAGAAGCGAGUGGUGUUGGGGGAGCUUCCGAACUUGUCAAACGUUGUUGUUCCGGUGAACAACAAGCCUGUAACGAAGACAAAGCCAAAGGCAAAGAAGGCAUUAACGACAACGUUAAUAAGUACAACAAAGGGUAGUCCCACAAAGGUGGAAAUCGAUGACAGUUGUGAUGAUCCCCAACUUUGUGGAGCUUAUGCCUCCGACAUUGAUGACUAUCUUCACAAAAUGGAGAUGGAGACAAAGAGAAGGCCAGUGCCGAAUUACCUUGAGAAGGUUCAGAAGGAAGUUACUGCUAACAUGAGAGGGGUUUUGGUGGAUUGGUUGGUUGAGGUUGCAGAGGAGUAUAAGCUUCUUCCAGACACUUUGUAUCUCGCUAUUUCAUAUAUUGAUAGAUUCCUAUCUUUGAACGUUGUCCAUAAGCAGAAGCUUCAAUUGUUGGGUGUUUCUUCAAUGCUAAUUGCCUCGUAA